CAGAGGCCGCAAGCGCACGCCAAUAAUUUCAUAUUGGCGAAGUCUAUUUUUUGCAAUUAAGCACUUAUUUUAACUUGAUUGCAAUAUUAUUUGGUGCUGUUCAAUAAAAUAUUAGCUUUAUAUACAAAUUUAUUUGAAACUGGACUCAGACUCUCACUGAAAUCAACAUGAAUUUCCUGCGGCAAACAUUCAGCAUUACGAAACAAUUGACGGCACAAGCUCUCCAAACUGGCUUCAGCGCCGUUCGGGAAAUGGCCUCAUUGCAGCGGAUGCAUCGGACAGGACCUCACAUAAAAAAACGUCCACCACGUCAACCGCUUGAUGGCAAACCCUUUGCCAAGGGUGUGGUUCUCAAGACGCUGAUCAAGAAGCCAAAGAAGCCCAAUUCGGCAAAUCGGAAAUGUGUGCUGGUACGCCUGUCCACUGGCAAAGAAAUGGUCGCCUAUAUACCAGGCAUUGGUCACAAUCUGCAGGAGCACAAUAUUGUUCUGUGUCGUGUGGGGCGAUUGCAGGAUGUGCCCGGAGUAAAGCUGAAGGCGGUGCGUGGUGUCUACGAUCUGGCGCAUGUUAUCAAGAAGUCGCAGUAGUUAUCUUUUGUAUAUUGUUAUGUAUGUGUGGGUAUGUGCCAAAAAGUUGAGCAUAAACAUUCAAAUAUUGUGCGCAUAUACAUAUAUGCAUUCGAA